CGCUGAAGCUUCAGCCAUUGAAAUAAAGCUGGGAGAUCGGUAGAGUGUGCAGAUUAGAACAGAAGGACCGGGAAUGUGAAAGAAAGAUAGACGCAAGGUGUUCGAAGAGCAAUUGGAGAUUUUAUUUGAAGUUUGCAAAGGGGAGAAUAGACCAAAGAAGAUUUUUUCUCACUCCGAAAAGAAACCCCAAAAUGCUUUGCCAUGUUACGAGGCCGGACUCGGUGGUAAUGGAGGUGGAGGUGGACGCGAAAGCAAAUGGAGAGGAAUGCUUAAAUAAGGUUUGUCGGAAGUUGGGAAUCAUAGAAGUGGAUUACUUUGGACUCCAGUUUAUUGGCAACAAAGGAGAAAGUUUAUGGCUGAACCUUAGAAACAGGAUCUCCCAGCAGAUGGACAACUUGACUCCUUGCAGGCUGAAGCUUCGGGUCAAAUUUUUUGUUGAGCCCCAUCUUAUUUUACAAGAGCAGACCAGGCAUUUGUUCUUCAUGCACAUAAAGGAUGACCUCCAUGAUGGUCGUUUGCACAGCUCUCCUGAGCAGGCAGAAGAGCUCAGUGCACUUGUGGCUCAAACAGAAUUUGGAGACUACAAUCAGAACACUGCAAAAUACAUUUAUAAAGAACUCUGUGGCGAGGAACCCAGUCCAGCCAUACUUAACAGCAUUAUUGCAAAGCACAAAGCACUGACGGGCAUGAAUACCAUAUCCGCAGAGUACCAGGUCCUGCAGAACAUCUCCACACUGGAAAAUUAUGGUGUGGAGUGGCACUACGCAAGAAAUGGAGAAGGACAGAAACUGGUUAUUGGCGUUGGCCCAGAAGGGAUAUCUGUCUGCAAAGAAGACUUCACUCCUCUCAAUAGAAUUCCAUACCCAGUUAUUCAAAUAGCCACCCAGUCUAGUAAAAAUGUCUACUUGACUAUUAAAAAGGAAACGAACAACAGUAUUGUGCUGCUCUUCAAGCUGGUCAGCACACGGGCAGCCAGUGGAUUCUACAGAGCAAUAACUGAAACCCACGCCUUCUACAGGUGUGACACUGUAACAAAUGCAGUCAUGAUGCAGUAUAGCCGGGACUUCAAAGGACACUUGGCAUCGUUGUUUCUCAAUGAGAACAUAAACCUGGGUAAAAAAUAUGUGUUUGACAUCAAACGCACCUCCAAGGAAGUUUAUGAUCACGCUCGUAGAGCCUUGUACAAUGCUGGCAUUGUGGACUUGAUGUCUCGCAGCUCUCCAGACUCCCCGCUCAAGUCAUCGGAGAGCCAUUUAAACUGUACCAGCUGCCCUGGUCUGAGCUGUCAACAGAGUAAAGCACUACAAGAAAGGCUGCAGAAGCUGAAGGAGGCCAUGAUCUGUGUGAUAUGCUGCGAAGAGGAUAUUAACUCUGCUUUCUGUCCAUGUGGACAUAUGGUCUGCUGUCAGUCCUGCGCUUCUCGGUUACAGGCAUGUCCAGUCUGCCGCUCAGAGGUGGAUCACGUUCAGCAUGUCUACUUGCCAGCUUGUCACAGUCUCCUGAACCUCGCUGUAUUGUGAGCCACUGUGUUGCUCAGCACUGAAUGACAACUUUAUGUAAAGAGAGGUGACAGCAGUGCAAAAAAAAAAAAAAAGUAUUAUGUUAGACAUAAGCAAUCAUUCCUGUGUUUUCUUCAGGCAAAAAUUAUCACUCCAUUCCCCUAAGUAGAGGGGAGGUGGUAGGUUUAUUAAGGACUUUUAAAAGCCAAUGAAAUGUUUUUUGUUUUGAGAAUUUUUUUAAUCAGUUGAGCUGAUUAGUGUUCAAAUUUAUAUGUUGGGUUUUGGUUUUGAUUUUUCUUUCCAAACUAAAGUUGUUUGAAGUUUUAUUUUAUUCAUUAAUGUUUUAUCAGGCUUGGUAGUUGCUUUUUAUUCCUUUUACAUGUUAAGUUAAAUAUAUUUUAUAUACUUUUUUAAAUUGCUUUAUAUCUUCUUGAUGCCAAAGCCAGGUGAUACUGACAAACCUGGUACAACAGCAUUAAAAUCUGAGAUUUUUAUGCAGGUCUGUAUACAUUUUAUACUAAAUCUUGAGUGGAUUAGACAUUUCCACAAUUGCAUUUUUCUUAUACUUGGCAACCUUCUUAUAUGAACUAAAAUUACACUCCAGCUAAAGUAUUUUUAAAAAUCUCAGAUUAAAAUGUUAAUGGAAACCCCUAAAACAAGUAUAGUUGUAAAUACCCAGUGUUAAUGGCUAGUUAUACCUCCUUUGUUUUGAAGAGAGUUAAAAUGGAUGGCAAAAGAUUGUCUUGGUUUCCAUUAUCUUAGUUUAUAAUUGCAGGUUUGUCUUUUUUUUGUUUUGUUUUUAACUCCAUCUCUCCGAACAUCUAAUUUCCUUAUGGGUUGUAGAUGACCACUGAGUGCAAUACUAUCUGCUUUUUUGAAAGAUAGAAAAAGGAAAGAAUGGAGAAAAGAAGCUUACACUGUCACUUUAUAAAGGAUAACCUCCUACGUGUAUUCAUAGGGACUGCCUUAAUGUAGCAAUGUGAUCUGUAUGCAUUCUGUUUCUUUGCACAAAUGUUCAAUUUCUGAUGGCACAUUUCAGCACACCGCCUCCUUGGGGUGUUUUAUUUUUUCACUUUGUACAUUUAUUUUUUUCCUCCUGUUUUGGUUUGUUAAAGCAAAUAUCUAAAUUAGAAAUAACUCCUUUUUUAUAUUAAGAUAUAUUAAAAUGUUUAAGUUAUACAG